GUGGUAUAAGUUUAUAGUAAACAAAUGUUUAAAAAUAUAUAUUUUGUAUAAAAUGACAGUAGAUUUAGGUUUUGCAGAAAAACGUGAAUCUUGGCGGCUAGAAAGUAGAUUUUUUCCAAGCAAAAUUGGUGGUAAGCCGGCGUGGCUUAAUUUAAAAAAUAUUCCUGGAGAGAAAGAUCUUCAAUGCGAAUAUUGCAAAGAGCCUUGUAUUUUUUUAUGUCAAAUCUAUGCCCCAUACGAAGAUAGUGACGAUGCUUUUCAUCGAACGAUAUUUGUUUUUAUAUGCAAGAAACCUGAAUGCUGUAGAACAAAUGAAAACGGAAAUUUAAAGGUAUUUCGGUCACAAUUACCGAAAGCGAAUGAAUUUUAUCCACCCGAACCACCUGUGGAACAGAAUGACUGGAGGACUGAUAUUAAUAUAAAUCGGUGGAAAAACACAUGUUACAUUUGUGGAAUAUUAGCACCGAAUCAUUGUUCUAAAUGUAAAAAUGUAAACUACUGUUGUCGUGCUCAUCAAGUUUAUCAUUGGAAGCAUGGGCACAAAAAGUCUUGUAACACUAACAAAGAAGUUGUUGAAAACAACAAAUUUUUAUUUCCUGAACAUGAAAUAGUUAUAGAAAGAGAAGAUGUCGAAAAUGAUAAUGAUGUGAACAAGUUGAACGAAGAGGAAGAAGAAAUUAAGAAGUAUGAAACAAUGAUACAAAAUAAUGAAGCAGGAACUCUUCAAAAUGAAGAUAUACAAGAAGAAUUAUUACAUAUAGCUAAUCAAAAGGAAGAUGAAACAUUUUCUAAAUUCCAGUUAGCUGUUGAUGAAUAUCCAGAUCAAAUUAUAAGAUAUAACAGGGGAGGUGAAAUUUUAUAUAUCUCAGCAGAAGCUAAAAUUAAUAAAAUACCAAAAUGUGUUGACUGCAAUGGAGAGAGACAGUUUGAAUUUCAAAUUAUGCCUCAAUUAUUGAACUUCCUUGAUUUAGAAGAUCCAUUUAAGUGCAUCGAUUGGGGAAUUUUAGGAGUAUUCACUUGUAUAAAAUCAUGCACACCUAAAAAUGGAUACAGCAUAGAAUAUAUAUGGAAACAAGAUAUUAUUGAAACUGAGUCCACCACUGUUUCUUAAGUGCAUAAUACAUGAAUAAUUAUAAAAUAUUAUUAACAUUGUACAGAGUAUGAGAAUUAUUCAAUGAAUAAUGUAUAAUAAAAUAAUUUAAAUUAUUUUAUU